GAGAGGCUCUGCGGUGAAGACAGCAGAGGACAGUGAACCACUGGGGGUGUCUGCUGUGAGACAAACGCGUCUCCUUCGUCUCUUUUUCUUUUCAAAGGGAAGAAAAAAAUCUUUGAGUGACUUUUUGGACAAACGAUUGGAUGGAAGCAGGAGCUGAGUGAAUUUAUCUCAUUUAGUCUCAUCUGAGCCGCCUUGGAAAUUACUCCAAGAAAGGACAUUAAGGAAGCAGCAGAGACUCAGGAGGAUGAGUGAUAACAUCUGGGACAAUCGUUGUGCUCUCAUCUGAUUCAUUUAUUUACUAUUAAUAUUCCACCACAGGACAAAAAGACAGACUCUCCCAUUAAAGUUAGAUUAAUUGUAAAACCUUGUGUUUAUCUGUAUUAUGGCACAUCGACACCAUCUACCCUACAAUCAGAUUUAAAUUAGUUUUUACAAAUAACUUGUUCUACUUCUUGACAUAACAGAGAGUCAAAAAUGGCCAUCAACACGGACACCGACUUCCUGAAGUCCAACCUGAGUGGUGAGGGUGGAGGAGGUCCUCAGCCCGCAGACUUCCAGGAGACAGAGAAGCUCCUGGCGGUGACCACCGAGCCUGGGGGAAAUGGUGUGAGGAUGUCCACCUCCUUCACCGUGGCCCCCGGCAGCGACAAGGCCCUGGAGGCCGAUCAGAACGGCCACGGCGUGGCCCUGAGGUCGGGCUCUGUGGGGCAGCUGGCCGCCUCUGCUCCGCUCUCCCCAUCCAAGGCCAGCCUGAGCCGCUCCUCCACCGGGAACGCCGCCAUCCAGGAGACUCCUAAGCCCCAAGACUACCUGAUCCUGGUCAUCUUGUCCUGCUUCUGCCCCGUUUGGCCCAUCAGCAUCGUGGCCCUGGUGUACUCCGUCAUGUCCAGACACAGUCUUCAGAACGGGGACGUGGACGGGGCCCGAAGGCUGGGCCGACUGGCUCGUCUGCUGAGCGUCGUCUCCAUCGUCCUGGGGCUGCUCAUCAUCAUCAUCUACACCUCAGUCCACUUCUCAACAUGACCUGGAGAACCGGCGAGGGGGGAACGUGCAACGAUAAAGCCAAACCACAGAUACAACAAAGAAAAAGACUAUUCAAUGGAAAAUAAAGUAGAGUUCUCAACUUUAUGCCAUGAUGCAACUACAUCCUGACCAAAUAGCAAAAAUAAAGCAGCCAAGUCAUAAAGGAUGGUCUCGCAACAAGCAAAAUAAUUAUUAUUUACACGUAUAUCAUUGAAAGAUGCAUGCACUAGAAUCCAGAAACAUUUGCCUGAUGAAAUACCCAAAUGUAAAUUGUUAAACCAGAAGACAGACUGAAUGCAAAUUUGCACGAGGAGCUUUAAAAUGUUUGUUUUUCUUUUGGAACAUGGACUUCUAGAAAAGAAGAAAAUUAUUU